CCUCUCCUUUCUCCCUCCUCCCUCUCUCACUCACGCGUCCCGCACCAUUUCCACACAGACGCACGUACGCACGCCUCAUCCUCGCGUCUUCCUCUCGUCUUCCCUGUUGAUAUAAAAAGAACCCCCCCCGCCCCCCACGAACGACGCCACCACCCCGCCACCCACAGUAGCCAUCGCCUGCAGCAUCACCAUCACCACCACGGAAUUGCAGCAUCUCGCACGGACGCCGGAGCGGCCACAGAGACGGAGGAGACACAGAGAGGGGGGAGAGAGACGGACCGGAGGCAGCCAAAGGCGACUGCUGUCGGGGCUGCUGCGUGAGAGAGAGAGUGCGGCUGAGAGUCGGUGUGCCUCUUGUCUGCAACCAUCGAACGCUGCAUCCGCGCUCUCUCCUCCUCCAACGCCUCUGCGGGGGCAGCCAGGGCGCCUGUGUGGUGGGCGCCAGGCGUGGGGCCGCCGGAGUCAUGAUGGAGGAAGACAUUGAAGUGGCCAUAAAGGUAGUGGUGGUGGGGAACGGCGGCGUGGGGAAGUCCAGCAUGAUCCAGCGCUACUGCAAGGGCGUCUUCACCUCCGAGUACAAGAAAACCAUCGGGGUGGACUUCCUCGAGAGGCUCAUUCAGAUGAAGGGGCAGGACGUGAGGUUGAUGCUGUGGGACACUGCCGGGCAGGAGGAGUUUGACGCCAUCACAAAGGCCUACUACAGAGGUGCGCAGGCGUGCGUGCUCGUCUUCUCCACGGUGGACCGCGCCUCCUUCGAGGCGGCGCUCUCCUGGAGGCUCAAGGUGGAGCGUGAGGUGGGCGCCGUGCCCAUCGUGCUCGUGCAGAACAAGAUCGACCUCCUCGACAGCGCCGUCGUCAACAGUGAGGAGGCGGAGGCUUUGGCCAAGCAGAUGAAGGUGCGGUUUUACCGGGCGUCCGUCAAGGAGGACCUCAACAUCAACGACGUGUUUAAGUACCUGGCAAGGAAGUAUCUGCAGAGCCUGCAGCAGGGUGCCACAGAGGAGCCACGGAAGCAAAUCUCCAACAGCAAAAUUGCCGUGUUCAACACCGCGAGCGACAGCAGCCCCACGCUGCCCGCGGCCAACGGAAGCGACAUCGUGAGCCUGAGGCCCAACAAGCAGCGCGCCAAGAAGAGCCGCGUGCCCUUCAACAGCUGCGGCCUCUUGUAGCGAUGGCGCCCGGCACGCCCGGGGAGGAGGCGCGGAGGCGGCACACAGCGCCGCCCGUUAACGCCGUCGUUCUCGCAGCGGCAGGUGGCGCUGUAGAGAAGGAGUCCUCGGGAGACGUGACAGAAAGUCAAGCACACGCGCUCGACCCUCACCGUUUAGAAAAUGCUAAGGGGUGACGUCGGUGACCCCGGCGUUUCCAGAGCGGGGCUCGUGCCGGAGCAGCUCCUAGAUCCUGCGUUGAGCAAAACAGGGUUUGGUUUUAAUGUUCGUUGUCGAGUCGGAAAACGUUGCCUUGCCCCCCCUCCCAACCCGUGCUCCUCGCCCUGGAGCUCCCGCCCCACCUAUGGACGCGACCGUGCAUGCAUCGCUCUCUGUGUGUGCGCCGCGCCGUGUGUGCGCAACGCAGCAGGCACCGGCAAACAGAACGUCGAUGUAGCCCGAGGCUCGGAUCUCUCUCUCCGGCCGCGGCGACACCGAUUAAUGCCGAGGGAAAGAACGUGCGGUGGCUGUGGAUCCCCCGGCCUCUCGUGAGUUCACCGUGAGGCGGUGGAAUCCAGGAGACGACAAAAUAAAAGCUGCCCACUGCCUGCGGUUUGUGGGAAGGCGUCGCCUGCAUCACCGGAGGUGUCUCCACUAAAGCCGCUUUGCACAUCGUCCGAUAUCGACGAGUGGAAGGUUUUAAUUUUUGCUCCGUCUGCCCGGUGAUUUUCGCGGGGAGGUCCCAAAGCAGGGACGGCCGUUAAGACUCUUGUGAUGCCAUCGUUUUGCAAAAAAAAAAAAUGGUCAUUGUGUGCCACUUGCAGCCAAAAUCCUUACGUGAAUAGGGCUCUUGCAAAAAAACACCCCUAAAUGUUGGACUGCUCCUUGGUACAAAUGGCCUGCUAGAUCUCGAUUGGAGGAGAUGACGAUUAUCAAUAGACUUGCGCCUUGUUAAAGGAUGGGGAUAACGAGUUUGUUUUAUCUUAAAGUUUCAACAGCACCCACGUUUUAAAAAAUGUAUUAUUUGGGUUAAGGGAGUCAGUUGAUGCUCAUUUCUACUGUAUACUAACAUUUGACCCCAACGGUAAUAAAAUGUUCAGAAUGCUUCAUUUCUCGAACGCAUACCUAGAACGUGCCACACUUGUAAAUCCGCAGUCCUUCGUUAAUCCGCUGCUGGUUGAAGGCCUCCCCACGCGGUCCCCGUCAUGGGGAAUGUUUGGCCAUACUUCACGCCAGUCAGUGCGGGUUUGCCAACACUGGUUCAGAAAGCACUCUGUACUGAUGUCAGCUGUCAACGGAAAUCGAACUCGGUUUUUCGGGUUUACAGUGCAGUGCGAUAAC